AUGGCCACGCCCCUUUCGUCCCGCCCCACCAUUACUGCACCUCUUAUCACUGUACCUCUUAUCACUGUACCUCUUAUCACUGUACCUCUUAUCACUGCACCUCUUAUCACUGUACCUCUUAUCACCGUACCUCUUAUCACUGUACCUCUUAUCACUGCACCUCUUAUCACUGCACCUCUUAUCACUGUACCUCUUAUCACUGCACCUCUUAUCACUGUACCUCUUAUCACUGCACCUCUUAUCACUGUACCUCUUAUCACUGCACCUCUUAUCACUGUACCUCUUAUCACUGCACCUCUUAUCACUGCACCUCAUCACUGUACCUCUUAUCACUGCACCUCUUAUCUGACCUCUUAUCACUGCACCUCUAAUCACUGUACCUCUUAUCACUGUACCUCUUAUCACUGUACCUCUUAUCACCGUACCUCUUGGCACCGUACCUUUUGGUACCGUACCUCUUGUUACCGCACCUUUUGGUACCGUACCUCUUACCGUACCUUAUGGUACCGUACUUUUGUUAUGUACCUCUUGUUACCGUACCUUUUAUCACCGUACCUCUUGGUACCGUACCUCUUAUCACUGUACCUCUUGGUACCGUACCUUUUGGUACCGUUACCUCUUUACCACCUUUUGGUACCGUACCUCUUGGUACCGUAUAUUACCAUCACCAAAUACCUCUUGGUACCGUACCUCUUAUCACUGUACCUCUUGGUACCGUACUUUUUCAUUAUUCUUUCUUGUUACCGUACCUUUUGGUACCGUACCUCUAGUAUGCCUUUUAUCACCGUAUUUUCGUGGUACCGUAUCUUUUAUUACUGUACCUCUUGGUACCGUACCUCUUGUUACCGUACUUUUUAUCACUGUAUCUCUUGGUACCGUACUUCUAUCACCGUUUUAACAAAAAAGAUAUGGUACAAAAGGUGCGGUAACUCAGAGGUUCUUACCAAGGCCUGA